CCUUCUUCUGCUCUUCAGGAAGAUAGCUGCAGGUUUCCAAAGGCUUUCAUGGCAACCAAAAGUACCUCCUCCUCAGUUUUUCCUUCUUCCUCUUCUUCAUAUCCACCUUGGACCUAUGAUGUCUUCCUCAGCUUCAGAGGUGAGGACACCAGUAAAAGCUUUACAGAUCAUCUAUAUUUUUCUUUGAAACGAGAAGGAAUAUCCACCUUUAGGGAUGAUGAACUUGAGAGAGGGAAACCAAUUUCAUCAGAACUCGUGCAAGCAAUACAAGAAUCAAGGUUUGCGCUUGUUAUUUUCUCAAGAAACUAUGCUUCUUCUAAGUGGUGCUUGGAUGAACUCGCAGAGAUUGUUGAGUGCAUGAAAGAGAUGGGACAGACGGUGCUUCCCAUUUUCUAUAAUGUAGAUCCAUCAAAUGUACGGAAACAAACAGGAAGCUUUGCAGAAGCCUUUGAUGCACAUGAAGAACACUUCAAGGAUAACUUAGAAAAAGUGCAAAGGUGGAGAGCUGCUUUGACUGAAGUGGCCAAUCUUUCCGGAUUUCAUCUCCAAGAUGGAUAUGUACAAGGGGACUGCUGAUACAGAAAGGGAUACUGCAAGCACAACCCCAGGGAAAUGGUGAAGGUAUGGGCUGAGAAAGAAAAGAGGAAUCUGGACAGGUAAGAUGGACAAUGAUCUUAACUUAUUUCUUGAUAAGUAGAUUAUGGCGAUAUCAUAUACAAAGAACUGCUUGGCUUUAGCUUAAACCAUAAUUACGAAGUUGGGAUCUUCCUGCUAAUU